CAAAUGACUGAACUAAUUAGAACAAUUUUUCCAAGAUGUGACGCCGAUGUCGUGAUUACAAAUAUAUUUAAAGUUUUUGAUACUGGAGGGACGGGGAAAGUAGUUCCUAAUGAGCUUCUAAUGGCUUUUUCAAUGUCUAUGCAGGGUACAGUUGCUGAUAAAUUACAUUGGACCUUUAAACUGUACGACAAGGAUGGAAGUGGAGAAAUUGAUCCAGAAGAAAUGGAGGAAAUUUUCACGAAGGAAAAAGUUAAAAUUUGAUUUUUUUUAAUC